UUCACAGCAACUCCACAACUUCAGUUUCCAAGAUGGCGGCGCCCGUAAUUGAAACAUGCCAUGUAGCUUGUUGUGCAAACAGGACGCCAAAAGUUGUUUCUUGGAGUCGUGGCGGAACUAUUGCUUUUGGGACGUGUAACUCGGUGGCUCUGUACGACCCGCAGGAGAGAAGAGUUGUCGCUCUGCUGAAUGGGCACACGGGCAGAGUGAACACAGUCCAGUGGGUCCACAAAGAGGACGGUGCCCCAGAGUGUCACCUUGUCUCAGGAGGCUCAGACAAUCGACUCAUCCUCUGGAAAGCUCAUGAUGGGAAGUUCAUCCAGUCAGCUGAGUGUAAGGGCCACACUGCUCCAGUAUGUGCUGUGGAUGCCAUCUACACAGAGGACUCAAAGGUCCUGGUGGCCUCUUCAGGAUCAGACUCCACGGUUAAACUGUGGCUCUGCAGUGACACCAAUGAAGCCGAGUGCCUCCAUACUCUGUCUUUUGGAAGUGGUUUCAUGAUGGAUGUCUCUCUGGUGCUGUUACCAGGCACCAGAGUUCCCAUACUGGCCUGCGGGGGCGAUGACUCUCGGGUGCAUCUGUAUGUGCAGUCCAACGGACAGCUCCAGAGAGCCAUGUCGCUGCAAGGGCAUGAAGACUGGGUUCGUGGAGUGGCCUGGGCAUCAACAGGUGCGGAGCUGUUAUUAGCCAGCUGUUCACAGGACUCUCUCAUCAGAGUGUGGAGGCUUUGUGCCAAGUCUGGCACAGACACCCACACAGAGGACGAUCACACCAUCAUCCGAAUGAAAGAGGACAUUUUUGAAGUGAAGGAGAGAGAUGUGUCCUCGGUGUUUGCUGUGUCCCUUGAAACCGUGCUGGCAGGACACGAGAACUGGGUCUACGGAGUUCACUGGCAGCCUCCUUUCUACAGAGACGGGGAGCUGCAACAGCCUCUCAGUCUGCUCUCCGCCUCCAUGGACAAAACCAUGAUCCUCUGGGCCCCUGAGGAGGGAUCUGGAGUCUGGGUAGAGCAGGUGCGCGUAGGGGAGGUUGGUGGCAACACUCUGGGUUUCUACGGCUGCCAGAUGAGUCCGGAUGGCUCCAUGAUUGUGGCUCAUGCCUUUCAUGGUGCGCUGCAUCUCUGGUGCAAGGACCAAGAUCAGGAGGGACAGUGGAGACCUGGAAUCGUGAUCUCAGGUCACUUCAAUGCAGUUCAAGACCUGAGCUGGGAUCCUGAGGGUGAGUUCCUCCUCAGUGUGGGAUCAGACCAGACCACCAGACUGUUCACUCCGUGGAGGAAGCAAGGCAGCGCACAGGCGACCUGGCACGAAAUCUCACGGCCGCAGAUCCACGGAUAUGACAUGCAGUGCCUGGCCAUAGUUGGAAGGUUUCAGUUCGUGUCUGGAGCCGAUGAGAAGGUCCUGAGAGUGUUUCAGGCGCCUCGCAACUUUGUGGAGAACUUUGCUAACAUCUCUGGGAGCUCGAAGGAAAAGCUGCUGGCGUCCAACGACUGUGCCAACCUUCCAGAGGGAGCCAGCACACCUGCCUUGGGUCUGUCCAACAAGGCUGUAUUUCAAGGUGACCUUGCCCCAAAAAACAAUGAAGAAAAGGAACAGUUCAGCAGUGUAUCCGACCAGUACCAGGAGUCUUACUUCCACCCGCUCCACCUGACCGAGCCGCCACCCGAGGAUCAUCUUCUCCAGAACACACUUUGGCCUGAGGUUCAGAAACUGUACGGCCACGGCUUCGAGAUGUUCUGUCUCGCGUCUGACAGCCUCAGGACGGUGGUGGCGUCCGCGUGCAAGGCAUCCAAAGCCGAGCAUGCAGCAGUGCUGCUGUGGAGCACAGCCACGUGGCGUCAGCUCCAGAUGCUCCCUUGCCACACCCUCACAGUUACCCAGAUGGCCUUCUCACCCGACUCGCAGCUCCUACUGGCCGUUUCCCGAGAUCGCACCUGGUCUUUAUGGAGACGGAACCCCGUCACGCCGGAAAGCCCAGAGCCCCAGUUCUCACUGUACGCACACACGGGAAAGGACACGGCCAUACACAGCCGGAUCAUCUGGUCCUGUGACUGGAGCCCCGACAGCAGAUACUUUGUUACGUCCAGCCGGGACAAGAAGGUGAUAAUAUGGGGACCGUGCGUAUUAGGGGGUUUUGGAGACCCUGAGCCUGCUCCUGAGAUUAAACCAUGUUCUUCCAUCUUGGAUGUGGGGGAUUCUGCUACUGCUGUAGCUUUCUGUCCCGUACUCUGCUCUGAUAACAGCUACCUGCUUGCCGUUGGCCUGGAGUGCGGCAGGAUCAUGGUGUACAGGUGGAGGCCUGUCCAGAAGCCCGCCGAGGGAGACGACUGGAGCAGCUGUGGAGAAACGGACACGUCACAAAGCCACGCUUUGGCAGUCAAGAGGCUCCGCUGGAGGCCGAGGGCCGGCCGAGCAGGUCGAAGGAACGGCGAGGAGGACGGACAGACUGACGGACAGAGUGAAAUCGAGGAGGAGAGCUCCUGGGUCCAGCUCGCCAGCGCCAGCGCCGACCACUCUGUCAAAAUCUUCAACGUCAACAAACUGGCUCUUUAGCACCACCAACACUGACACUAUUAUGUCUCUCACAUGCACAGAGACACUGGGACUGAGGGCCACAGGCCUGACUGGGGCACUGAGGCCACAGCUGCUCGCUGGCAAGCCAUUCAGUCCCUGUGACAGCCAGUUAAGUCAUGGGUCAGUCACAGGACAAACCCACAACACACAUGCCCCGCAGUCUGUCUGCACACUGCUGAACGGAUUUGAUGGGUGGAAGCAAGAUGGUAAGAACACCAUGACCUUAGGGCGGUAUUUUGCUUAGACACUUCAAAGUGUUUUAGAUUCAGAGGAGAAGACUGUGCUGGAUAUCUACACAGACUGCAUGUUCAUACAGGUUAUCUAAGGAGACAUUUAUAUGGUGACUUAAAACAACAGAUCAGUGUUCAUGGCCAUUGGUUUAUCCUUGGUUGGAGAGGAUGUCAUUAAUCACACAGCUUGUAUGAUAUAUUGUUGCUUUAUUAAAUGUUUUGUAUAUCCA